AUGUCACAUAUCAGUGCCCAUCUGAGCUGCCUUUCAGUGUCACCUAUCAGUGCUGCCAAUCAGUGCCACCUAUCAGUGCGCAUCAGUGCCGCCUAUCAGUGCCGCCUAGCAGUGCCAGUGUUGCCUAUCAGUGCCAGUCAGUGCCUCCUAUCAGUGCCAGUCAGUGCCUCCUAUCAGUGCCACCUAUCAGUGCCGCAUAUCAGUGCUAUAUAUGAGUUCUGCCUUUCAGUGCCCAUCAGUGAUGCCUGUCAAUGCCCAUCAGUGCCACCUACUAGUGCCUCCUCAUCAGUGCCACCUAUCAGUGCCCAUCACUGCAGCCUCAUUAGCGCACAUCAGUGAAGGAGAAAAAUCACUUAUUUACAAAAUUUAAAAAAAAACAAAGAAAAAACUUUUUUUUCAAAAGGUUCAGUAGUUUUUGGUUUGUUUAG